AUGGAUUUUAACAUUGUGGACAAGAUUCGCAAUGAAUACUUAGCCGCAGUGCUACGUCAGGAUGCUGAAUGGUUUGACGCGAAUCCAUCUGGUGUGAUAACAUCACAACUGAAUGAUAACAUUGAUCGCAUCCAAGACGGGAUGGGCGAUAAGCUAGGCCUACUUGUUCGCGGAUUCUCUAUGUUUUUCUCAUCUGUAAUUGUGUGUGGUAAAGGUGAAGCCAGUCAUGUUGAAAAUGUAAUUCAUCGCAAUCAGGUCAAUGCAGUGAACAUGCGUAAAGGUGAAGCCAGUCAUGUUGAAAAUGUAAUUCAUCGCAAUCAGGUCAAUGCUGUGAACAUGCGUGAAGCUAUGAAGUCACAUUUAAAUUCUGCUUCUAUUUGUGAGGAGUCGAUAAUGAAUGUGAGGACAGUGCAGUCCUGCAAUGGACAACAACAUAUGGUUAAGAAAGCUUUGUUUCAGAAGUACACCAGUUCUUUGCAACGCACAUUAAAAUAUUCUCUUCGCAAUCAUUUUUGGAUGGGAUUCUUCGAGGGCCUUUCCUUCUUACAGAUUUAUGCAGUGAUUGGUCUGGCGCUAUGGUGGGUAGCUGGGUAA